GUCCUUCAUCGUAAUUAAUGUUGAAUUUAUUCACUUUGCUUCAAGUACGAAGGAAAGUAAAUAUUAAUCUUAUAUCAAAAAAAGGAUAAGAAAGAGGGACAAAAAAAGGAAAACGCUUUCAAACAGAAAACGAAAAAAAACUAUAUUAGAUUGUAGGCAUGCAAAGCGUGAAUGCAGCAGAAGUGAUCGACCGUGGGAAGAUUGGUUCGAUUAAAGCCAUUAUGGAGGAAGUGUCAGGUCGAUAUUGUCAAGUAGUAAUUUUAGUUUUAUUUUUGUUUGUGGAAGGACAAAUUUUUAAAUAUGGUGAAACUUCGACCCCCAAGAGUCUCCCAGUUGUGAUAAAUACAUGGCCUUUUACAAAUGCAACAGCUGAAGCUUGGCAUGUUAUUUCAAGUGACAAAGGAAGUGCGCUGGAUGCGGUUGAAUCUGGAUGCACAGUGUGUGAAAUGGAGCAAUGUGAUGGCACUGUAGGGUUUGGUGGAAGCCCCAAUGAAGAUGGAGAGACAACAUUAGAUGCCAUGAUUAUGAAUGGUGUUACACAUGAUGUUGGAGCUGUUGGCUGUCUAAAGAGAGUGAAAAGAGCCAUUUCAGUUGCACGCAGUGUCAUGGAACACACCUCAGAGACAUUUUUGGUAGGAGAUGAUGCUACCCAGUUUGCAGUGCAGAUGGGAUUCACAAAUGAAGACUUGCACACUAACCACUCAUGGCAGAUGUGGAGAGACUGGGAAAAGAAUAAUUGCCAACCCAACUUUUGGAAGGACGUGGUUCCUGAUCCUCAUCAGUCAUGUGGUCCUUACAAACCUGUGACAGGGGAACGGAAAAGUUCAAGGCCGACUUCACAUUCAGACAUUGGGCGGCAAAAUCAUGAUACAAUUGGUAUGAUUGUAGUGGACAGAGUUGGGAACAUUGCUGCAGGAACAAGUACAAAUGGAGCAAACCACAAGAUUCCCGGGCGUGUGGGAGACUCACCCAUUGCUGGAGCUGGAGCAUACGUUGAUAAUGAGGUAGGCGGUGCUGCUGCAACAGGCGAUGGAGAUAUCAUGAUGCGAUUUCUUCCGAGUUUUCAGGCAGUUGAGUUCAUGCGUCAGGGUAAAAGUCCAACAGAAGCAGCAACACUAGCUCUUACACGAAUAGCAAAAUAUUACCCAAAGUAUAGUGGGGGCUUGGUAGUAGUCAACAAGGAUGGCGAGUUUGGAGCUGCUGCACAUGGUUGGACAUUCUUUAAGUAUUCUGUUUGCAAUCCACAGUUAGGAAAAGUAACUGUUUAUUCAGUUCAGCCUAUCAAUAGUACACUUGUUUGAUUUGAAUAAUUUUUACACGGAACUUUUCUGAAAAACGUUUUUAAACCUGCUGAGAGC